CUUAAUAUGUUCUCUAAACAUUAUCAUUUUAUCAAUAAUAGCCAUUCGAUUAAAUACAUAAUACAUUUUUAACAAUACAUUUUUUUAACGUAAAGGUAUAUUAUUGAGUAUUAUAUAAAAAGUAAAAACGUUAAUUUAUAAUCUGGUGUUUUGGUGAUCAGUUACUAUCUUGCUUCGUAUUUGCGUCUUCGCGAUAGACAUAAUAACCACGAAUUAAGAUAUCUUAAUUCGUGAUUGUAAGUUAUAACCCAGCUACCUAUCUGAGCUAUCACCAUUCAUCUUUAAUGAGCAUGACUAAAUAGUAAAUUCUAAAACCAAAACUUAUAAAAUAAUUUUCCAUGUCCUCCUUAUCGGCAUCAGACUCGGUUUUGGUGAAAGAACUAUUUGUUUCUUCAAAAACACCUGUACAGGAACUUGAAAAAAUGUUGGCAGUUUUCGACUUUGAUCACACAAUAAUUGAUGGCAAUUCUGAUGUAGAGGCUAUUGGUUUAAUAAACCCUACCAGUCUUAUUCCGGACAGAAAAAUUUUUCCAAAUAAUUGGACUCAAUACAUGCAACGAAUAUUUGAUGUACUAAAAACUAAUGAAAUUCUAGCUGAACAAAUAAUAAAUGUUGUAACCUCAAUGAGACCCAAUUAUGGUAUGCCAAAGUUAAUGAGAGCACUUAAUGAAAAUAAUUUUGAUGUUAUUGUGGCAUCUGAUUCAAAUUCAUUAUUUAUUUACAACUGGUUGAAACAUAAUAAGUUGACAGAUGUAGUUUCAUGUAUUUAUACAAAUCCAGCAACAAUUGUUGAUAAUACCAUUAAAAUUGAACCUUACACUGUUCAAACCAAGUGCGAAUGGUGUAAUACAAAUAUGUGUAAAGGAGCUAUUGUGGAGGAACAUGUGUUAAAUAUUAAUAAAAAAUAUGAUAAAGUAUUAUAUUUCGGUGAUGGUCACAAUGACUUGUGUCCAGUUUUGAAAUUGACUAAAAAUGAUAUUGUAUUUCCAAGAUUAGGUUACAUUUUGGAUAACUUGCUGAAGACUCACACAACACCAGCAAAAGUAAUGCCAUGGUGUUCAGGUGAAUAUAUUUAUGAGUUCUUAAAGUCUACUAAGUUAAUUUCAACUUAGAUCAAUGUAUAAGACUGUUUUCCAAUUGUUACUAGCAUAGUUAACUUUUGCAAGUACUUAUUAUUACGUACAAAUUAUAUUUAAUGUAUUUAUAACUUUUUAUAAUGUAUUACAAAUAAUGAUGUAAAAAUACUGAUUUUACGAUGUAUUAUAUUUAUAUAUACAAA